CUCGACUGCCAUGGCCUCCCACCCCAGCAAAUCAAGCUUCGCCUUACCGUUAAGCUCCAUCGUCGACGGUUCCCGCAAGGCCCUACGGUCUCGACCCCAAUAAUGAUGCCUCCGUCGAGUAAUAGGGAAGAACAUCGUGACCAGAGGGGAAGAGGUAGAGGAAGACGAUGAGUAGCAUCUUGGGACUGCGAUGGAGUUUGAUGGGCCAGAAACUUAUAUUGGGCUUGGCACACACGAUGACGCUUGAAGCUCCGUCACUAUUUUUCCAUAAGCUAUUAAUUGGGCCG